GCCGGGUCCUCGCCAGUCAGCAACACUUCGCGCGCCGUUUUGUCUGACCGCCGCCGUCGACGAGAGUUAUUUCCGAUAAUUGUUGACGACAGACAGAAUACCUAUAGUAUACUUUUGGAUUUUUCCAUUUGAAAGCCAUACCGACGGCGCAUCGUCGAGUGUUUAUACCCACGACGAGACGCAAUACUCGAAACCUUCGACUUUCGAUAUUUUUUGUUUUUUUUUUUUUUUUUUGCACCCGACUCAGACGUGCGUGUGAAAUCGUUUUGUGCAUUUUUGUGGUUUUAUUUUUCGUCGAACCUGACAUUCAUCAGAACAAACUGUUUCGACGGAAAAACCUGUGUUCGUCCAAGGUCAGCUACGUUAAUGUAACCGUACCCUCAUAUUAAACGUCAAGUUAUCCAUCAAUUUUCACAAAAAAAAAAUUAAAUUGCUUACACCCACAUAAACGCUCAGCAGGUGCAGUUCAGUGCUAAUUAAACCAGGGCGGACAAAUGUGAUACCAUAUUUCGUGUUUUAUAUGCGUGGAUUUGAAAACUUGAGCUUCAUGUUUUUGUCGCUACAUAUAAUUCAUUUUGGUGUGCGGUUACACUCGAUAAACUGAACAAUUUGAUCAAAUUUGUAAAACAAUCCGUUUUUAUAGGAGGACUCUAUGUGGCAACACGUACUGAACAUAAGAUGACCAAAUGCGUGGACCAUGCCCGGUGGCCAGCCAGUGCAGCUGAUCGUCAUGGUGUUGGUGUAUUGUGGAACAACAUUUGGAGAUUGGGCCGAUUGUCCAACCCCGUGUCAAUGCAAGUGGAGUUCGGGGAAAAAAACUGCAUUGUGCAAAGAUGCCGAUUUUACCGAUAUACCUUUAUCGCUAGAUGCAGACAUGCAGGUACUUGAUCUGAGCUCCAAUAAUCUACGACACUUGCCGGAGGAUGCGUUUAAAAAAGUAGGUCUACUCAAUCUGCAGCGAGUAUUCCUACGUGGUUGCGGAAUACACAAAGUUCAUAAAGACGCGUUUAGAGAACUAAAAAUACUCGUAGAACUAGAUCUCAGCGAUAACUUGAUUGGUUCAUUGCACCAGGAGACAUUUCAGGGAAAUGAACGACUCCGUGUACUAUAUUUGAAUGGAAAUCCAUUAACUGAAAUUAAAGAAGUUCAAUUUCCCGUCUUACAGCAUCUUCGAACACUAGAACUGCAACACUGUCAAAUCAAACGAAUUCAUAGAGAUGCUUUCUUGCACUUGUCCUCGUUGGAGUCAUUAAAUUUAAACGGAAAUCUAUUGAAGUGGUUAUCAGAAACUGUAUUCUUGCCUAUAUCUAAACUAAAAACUUUAUCUUUGGAUGGAAACCCGUGGGUGUGUGAUUGCCAUUUAAGAAGUUUUCGAAACUGGUUUGUUUCGUCAAAUUUAUAUUCACAUCCGUUGUCGUGUAUUGAGCCGAAUGUAUUGUCGGGCAGUCGGUGGGAGAACAUAAAACCACCAGAGUUUGCAUGCCCUCCAGUAGUCAAAAUUGACAGGAACAGUGUACUAGAAGAUGCUGGUAAUAUUACUUUUACUUGUAAAGUGACAGGAGAUCCUGAGCCAGAAGUCAGCUGGUAUUUCAAUGGACAUACUAUCGAUAACUAUACCGAUCGAAUGGACGAAAAUCGUACGUGGCUGGAUAACAAUCGAAUGUGGAGUGCCCUCAACAUAUUUAAUGUUUCAGACGUGGUUGGCGAAUUUACAUGUGAAGCUAGGAAUUCACGUGGACAAAUGUCAGCCAAUGUGUCGUUAGCCUUACCAGAAGUAGCAGUCGCUACGACAUUAAGCAAAUCUAAAUCUAUGUACUUGGUCAUAGUAUGUGUAGCCGCUAGUGCAACGGUCCUAUUAUUCGUGAUUGGCUUGACAUGUUGUGUAUGCCAAGCCAAGAAAUCUGGGGGACGACGCGAUAGCAAGACUAAUUUUAAAGGUAGUACUAGUUUCAGCGAUGCGGACAAACGACUUCUCGACGCAAGCAUAUCGACUACACAAGCUGGAAGCUGUGAAAUGCUUGGCGGAUCUUCUUGCCAAGACUUGGAGCUCAUUGAACAGUCAUUACAGAACAUCCCAUUGGCCUCCGUGUGCGACCAACAACCGGUUCACAUAACUAUUGAGAGUCAUGACCCCAACUCUAGUCUGUCACUGUACCCACCGCCACCAGAAUUUUCCACUAGUAUUCUGCCAUCAGUCAGUGGUUUCGGAAAUAUAUUUAUUUCAGUAUCGGUGAGCCAAGAACCACCUGACCCUGAAUCUAGGUAUCCCGACUUACUCGACAUGAAGCACAGACAAAAACAAAGCGUCAGUGUUGGUACCAGCUCAACCCAUCAUAUUCCACAGGCUUCAUCAUACUACGCCACUAUGCCGAGGAAAAAACGAAUAAUAGACCAUCAAUCCAUCAAAUCAGUAAUGCCUCAUUAUGAUAACAUGGGCCCGAGAAUAACAGCAACGGGAAGUUGUACAAACUUGUCAUCUCUCUCCAAUAGUGGCGAAUCUUCCGACGAUAUACCGCCACCACCGCCACCACCUUUAUGUACAGGACACACUGACUACGUGGCUCUUUAAUUAAAUAAU